AUGGACCAAAAAGGGAAACAUGGUAAUCCUGGUCUACCUGGAAAACCAGCAAGAACACCAGGUUUGCAAGGGAGUCAAGGACUACCUGGACCAAAGGGCUCUGUAGGACCCAAAGGAUUACCAGGACCCACCAGGCUAAUAGGACCAAAGGGGAUUCCGGGACUUCAAGGUGAAAAGGGAGAUGUUGGACAAAAAGGACCAAAGGGUCAUGUUGGCAUUAGAGGAUUGCAAGGACCCGUUGGACCACCAGGAGAAAAGGGAAAGCAAGGUGCCCCAGGGUACAAGGGACGACAUGGGCCUAAAGGCGUACAUGGCGACGCUGGUGCUCGUGGGCGCCCUGGUGACAAAGGAUUCCCUGGUUCACCUGGUCCAACUGGAAGGAAGGUGUGUACUGAAGGUGUGAUCGUAAUUUAUACAGCUCUGCUUAUCUUUGCCCUGUACAUGAUCCAGGGUAUGAAAGGAAUUCAGGGAAUAUCAGGACUGAAAGGUGUGAAAGGUCGGAGAGGACCUCCUGGAAAACCAGGUAUUCCUGUUCAGCAGAUACCAGGACAUCGUACUUCACCUCAUGCUCAGAGAAGAGGAUCACAAAAUAAAGCAAGGUCAUUAUCCAGAAAGUCUCGAUUUGACAAGCCUGAAGAUGAGUUUGAGGAAAAUAGCUUCUCGCAAGGCACUAAAGACAACCCAGCAACUACCUGCAGAGAGCUGAGUCUCAUCCAGCCUCACCUCAGAGAUGGGCACUACUAUGUUGAUCCAAACCAUGGAUGUCCAUUUGAUGCUCUCCGUGUGUUCUGCAAUUUCACUGCUGGUGGUCUAACUUGUGUGUCUCCGUCCGGUCCAAAGUAA